AUGGCGCCCUCAGCCAUUGAGACCAUCACGAUCCCUGAGCCCCCCAAGCUGCACACCACCACCGCGGCCACCGGCGACUACAAGGAGCUGUCCCCCACGCGCUUCAGCCGCGAAGACGAGGUCGCCGGCACCGAGGGCUUCGAGGCCGCCAAGUACCCCCACUACCUGCCCACGUGGAACCCCGACGAGCACUACCCGCCGCUGCAGCCCUUUGAGCACCACGAGCACGGCAAGGACGCCGACACCACCUUCCCGGAGCUGCUGCCGGCGUCGGCCCAGCGCGUCGACCUGACGCCCACCAUUGGGUCCGAGGUGCGCGGCGUGCAGCUCAGCACGCUGUCGGACGCGGGCAAGGACCAGCUGGCGCGGUUUGUGGCGGAGCGCAAGGUGGUGGCGUUCCGGUUGCAGGACUUUGCCGACCUGCCGAUCCAGCAGGCGCUCGACUUUGGCGGCUACUUUGGGCGCCACCACAUCCACCCGACCUCGGGCGCCCCCGAGGGCUACCCGGAGAUCCACCUGGUGCACCGCGCCGCCGGCGACCGCACGGCCGAGGCUUUUUUUGCGUCGCGGACCAACUCGGUCGCGUGGCACUCGGACGUGUCGUACGAGCAGCAGCCGCCGGGCACCACGUUUCUGUACAUCCUGGACAAGCCCGAGACGGGCGGCGACACGCUGUUUGUGGACGGCGUCGAGGCGUACAACCGCCUGAGCCCGGCGUUCCAGCAGCGGCUGCACGGCCUGCAGGCGACGCACUCGGGCAUCGAGCAGGUCAACUCGAGCGUGGCCCGCGGCAGCAUCAAGCGCCGCGAGCCCGUCUACAACGUCCACCCCAUUGUGCGCACGCACCCGGCCACCGGCGAGAAGGCGCUCUACGUGAACCAACAGUUCACCCGGGAAAUCGUCGGCCUGAAAAAGGAAGAGUCGGACGCGCUGCUCGACUUUCUGUACCACCACCUGGCCCUCGGCGCCGACUUCCAGGCCCGUGUCAAGUGGGAGGAGGGCACCGUCGUCGUCUGGGACAACCGCGUCACCCAGCACACGGCCCUCGUCGACUGGAAGGGCGGUGCCCGUCGCCACCUGGCCCGCAUCACGCCGCAGGCCGAGCGGCCCUUUGAGACGCCGUUUGAGGCGAAGGCAUGA